UUGGAAGCAAGCGCAGGCUCACAGUUGGCGUCAAGAAGCCGGCUGCUAAACUUGCAAAGACCCGAAUUGAGGUCAUCAGGGCGGUUGAACAGGUCGACGUCGACAAGAAGGCCGUUAGCUUCAUGGACCUCCCUGGUGGUGCAUAUCCGUCUCCUCUGCCUGCCAGUGACAUCUCCGCUAACGCAACUCAGAGAUCCGCAACCUAAUCUACACGUUCACUGGCUCCGACAUGCGACAAGCUCUCCUCGUCCAUCGUCCUCGUCUCGCGUCGCUGCGUUCGCGCACUCAGCUCGACCGUCAUCGUACGCUGCAGUCCGAACUCCUCGAACAAGAACAAGAUGCCGCAUUGCCCGCUGCCGGUUGUGGUCGCGCUUCUCGACGCAAGUCAAAGGCUACCACACUGGCCCGAGAGACGAAUCGUCCGUUUUUCGGGCUGACUCAGGCCUGCCGACUCCUUCGCCAGGAAUUCCGUCCGAUCUACAUGCAGAGGCAGGAGGUUGGCAUGGACCUCGUCGACGUUACCAACUACCUCCAAGUCUUCUACCCGGAGGCGGCAGAACACCUCAAGAACCUGUCGAUCGCCGACGACCGCAAGCUCGACAUGCCCCUUACAGGUAACCUUACCAUUGCGGUCGGUGACAAGAUCAAGGACAUUGAGAAGGUCACGGAGGGAGUGGAUGUGUUCCCCCUCCUUGAUUUGUGGGCUAAUUCGUUCAAGAUCGAGGCUGGUUUCGGCAGGUAUAUGCAGGCGCACUAUGAGGCCACUGCAGAUGGGGAGGCUAAGGACUUGUAUCGCCUUUUUGGACGCAGUGUCCAGCCAGACCGCCGAUGCUCCUCAAUGAACGUCCUCUGGCGCACAACCCUUCGCACCCGAUCCCUCGCCUCUGUCCGGAUCCAUCGCCAGCCAGCAGGCUCCGCACGCACUUCUCCAGCUGCAUCUGUGCCUGGCUAUCUCAGUCUUGCCCGCCGCGUCGCUCCAGGCCUUCGCGCUUACAUACACAUUCUGUUCAAGAAGGAGGCUGCUGAGGCUUGGAUGACAAAGCCUGACGCUCCAGUGCCACAAGGUUGGCUCGCGGCUCGUGGUUUUGCUUCGAUGGAGCACUUUGACAUCAAGGUUGGUGUUGCUCUCGCAUCGACCGCCUAGAUACUCCGAGCACUCUCCAUCCCUUGCUUGUGACACGCGGCGCCAGCUCUUUCUACACGGUUUGCAGAGAUCGUCAACUGUAUAGAAGUAUCUCUGCCUGCAGGCAAGGUGGUACCAACAUCACAUUGUUAUGCGCAUUGCUGACGCAUGUCGGAGACCA